UCUCCAUACAGCUUCGCCAUUUUUUCUCAAAACCGACCUCCGCGGCACUUUCUCUCUCUACCUCUUGCUUUUGUUCAUUAUCUCUCUCCUCUGCCUUUUGCUUCGGCGCUCUGAUUCUCUGUCUCCGUCAUCCAUGGCCGAAUCUAAGGGCAAACUCGAAUCCCUGAGGGAGUGGGUUUCCGAGCACAAGCUUCGUACCGUUGGGUCUCUGUGGCUUAGCGGAAUAGCGGGUUCUAUUGCGUACAAUUGGUCUCAACCUAAUAUGAAGACCAGCGUGAAGAUCAUCCACGCUAGGUUACACGCACAGGCUCUUACCUUAGCCGCUCUUGCUGGUGCUGCUGUUGUUGAAUACUAUGAACACAAAUCAGGAGCAAAGGCGGAGCGAUAUGCCAAGUUUCUUCCAAUUGAUAACUACUCACACAAGGACUAAGUUCUCUCUCUCCCUUUCUACACUGGAUGGUAAUAAAGUAGUGUCAUUGAGAGGCUUAUAAUUCUUAUUUCUCCAUUCUUUUUUUUUUCUCACUAAUUUCGAAGCUAUUAAUAUUGGGGUGUCACUCAUUCUGCCCAGGUCAUGUAAGCAAUUUCUUUGUGUAAACAUGAAAGUGAAUUGAAUGAUUUUGUAUUAUGAAUGAAAUGUUGGUUAUGAGGAGUUCUGUUUCA